ACAAUUGUAAACAACGAACAGAAUAGGAUAAAUUUAGUUUCAAUUUCGUUAUUAAUAACACAAUAUAUUAAUUUCCUUUAUGGUAAUAUGGCUUCAUUGAAAUGCUAAGUUAUUCACUAACGUUUAGAUUUCCAGUUACGCAAAUCUAAACAAUCGUCGGUGAAAGAAUUCUAAUGAAUGAUAAGGUUCGUCACCUUAUCAGUGACUUUAUUAGUGAAUGACACAAGGGCUCCAAAGCAAAAGUUUACUGAUAACAAAUGUGCUUGUAGCUAUAAUAACCUGUAAUACAUCUGAGCUCUUUUAGUUGAAAGCCAGAUCUUAUCCCAUUUGUGUGAGAGUAUCGAAACCUUUUGAAGAUGAACACAACUAUUAAUAAUCCGGUUAUUCCAUGUGUGAUGAGCUUACCUGGAGGUCAUUUGCAGCAAGGGAAUCUUAUUGUUAUUCAUGGUCAACCCACUUACAACAGCAACAGGUUUUGUGUGAGCUUGGUUUGUGGGCAGCAACGGGAACUUGGAGAUAUUGCAUUUCAACUGACCUCACAUUUUGACACAAGCUGGGUCAUCCGCAAUAGUAAACUCAACAAGGAAUGGGGUGUCGAAGAGGGAACAACGACACACAAGUUUCCUUUCAAACGCCUUCAGCCUUUCAAAAUUGAAAUUUUCACUAGUCCGUCCUCUUAUCUGAUUACCGUUGAUGGUAAUCACCACUGUGAGUACAUCCACCGAGUUUCGUAUUCCGAGGCUAACACUCUUCAAAUCACUGGAGAUGUUCAAGUUAGCAUGAUUGAAUUCCGAUCAGCAAAUACUUUCCCGACAUUUCCAUCGAGUAACCGCCUCAACGUGGCAUACCCGCCGCUUCCAUUUGCGUCGUUGAUUAAUGGACCUCUAUCAGUGGGAAAUGAAAUUCAAGUCCACGGACAAGUUAAGCCGCAUCCCAACAGGUUCCACAUUAACUUGCAGCAGGGAUGUCAGUCCUAUCCUCAUCCCACUAUGGUUUUCCACUUCAACCCUCGUUACGAAGGUGGGCAGCGCACCAUCGUCAUGAAUUCCUUCAUUGGCAGCUGGGGGUCGGAACAACGGGUUGCGGUCCCUAGGAAUCUAUUACCUGGAAAUACUUUCGUGCUCGCCAUCAGACGUCAACCGUCUUACUUUGAAGUUUCGGUUAAUGGAUCCGUCAUCGCCACGUACAAUCAUCGCAUUGCGGCCGAUAUGGUCGACUCGGUGUCCAUUGACGGAGAUGUUAUCAUCCACAAAGUCGUCGCCUAUUAAUAGACUGGGCCAAACGUAUAAUGCACAUUCCCAACGACAUCAAAUGUAUGCCACAAAGUACCUGUUAGAAAUUCCCAAAUGAUUAUCCCUUUGCAAUCGUGGUUAAGAGCAACAUGCUUCCAAUCGUCGAGAAUUCCCUUUAGGUGGUAUGUCUGGGUGCAUUUUAAAAAGAUUUGAUUUGUUGCUGUUAUUCUGUGCUGGGGAUAUAGACCAAUAAAAAUAAAAUAACAUUGA